AUGGGAAACUCGUGUAGAAAGAAACUAAAGCCCAAGCCUACUGGUAUUGAAGAAAUGAAAAGCAAAGAAAACUCAGAAAAAGACGUAAAUUUUAAAUAGAACUUGCAGAUUAUUCUUUUCAAUUUGAAUCAAAAUUCUUAUCAGUCAUUUUCUUUAUCAGAAGCAUUAAGCUUGAACUAUUUAAAAGAAAGCGAAGAUGAAUCAUGAAUUAUGCUCUUAAAAAACACAAAUGAUGAUGAUUUAUUGAAAAUUAUCAAAUCCUUUGAGCUGCAUCCCAUAAUUAAUUACGAGUUAGGAUCAACAUCGGUGAACCAAAAUCAGUUUAUAUCAUUUGAUGACUAUUUUCUAUUAAGCAUCAAUGAUUUUAGCACACAAUUGUCGUCUCCUUCAACUGUUAAACUUUUGAUUUGAAAAAAGUUCAUGAUGAUUUUUUGUACUGAAUUCGUAUAUGCUUUACAGGAAAUUUUAAAAAAUUAUUUAAAUUACACCCCGAUUCAGCAAGCUGAAAGUGACAGUAGCUCAGCUAAUGAAAGGCCAACUCUAGAGCUAGAAGAAGAAUAUCACUGCAGUGUAAUCGAAGCAAUUUAUUAUAAAAUUUUUGAAUUGACAUUAAGACAUCAUGAAUUUUUGGCACAGAUGGUAGAAGAGGAAGCCAAAAUGUGCUUGCAGUCUUCUAAUGAAAGCAAUUUAAGGAGGCGACUUGACUAUGUCCCCAAGCUUUCAGUGGUAGAAAAGCAGUUGAUUUUUAUGAAAGAUUUAAUUAAGCCGAAAACUCCAGUAUUAUUGGAUCUUUUGCAUUCCAAAAAGCUUUCUCAAAGCAUGUCAUAUUAUUUCUGGAGCUUAAAAUCUAGAAUAAAAGACGUAAAAAGAAAAGCAAAAUCUUGUGCUGAGUUACUAAAAAACGCUGAACACAUUUAUAAUUCAAUGGUCGAAUUCGAUAUUUCCAAAAACAAUAACAGCAUCAGUGAGUCUAUGAAAUAUUUUUCAGCUAUAUCAACGAUGUUUUUACUGAUUGCUUUUGUGGAUGGGGCGUUCGGAAUGAAUAUCAGUCUCCCUGGAGGAGAUGAAGACAACUACUGGCCUCUAGCUACAAUUUUCUUAUUCUGUAUAGCAGAUGUAGUCAUAUUAUUUGCAUGGUUUAAGUUGAAAAAAUGGAUUUAA